ACAAGUGCCGCCGCCGGCUCGAACCCAGCCCCCAUCCAGCGUCCACCCAUCCAUCCAGCGCUCGUCCAGCGAUUGUGUGGGCCGCCCCGUCAGAAUAGGUCUCGCGCUGGCUUGGCUAACGGAGUCAGAGCCAAGUGUGGUAUCCCCACACACAUCACAUAGCAUACUGCAUGGUGGACGACAUUGACGAUCAACGAUCUGUGGUCUCAGAUCUCAGAUCUCGCCUGUCUGCUCAGUGCACAGCGGACAAGCGCAGCAAGCGGACGCAGGCAGCGACGAGCAGCAUUUUCUCCAAGCGACGACGAGCCGUUGGCCGUGUAUUUUUGUCGAGUUAUUGGAUACAGAUACAGAUACAACUACAGAUGCUGCUCUAAAGAUACACAGCGCGGCGCGUACUCAUAGAUAUUUUUAGCAGCCGGCCUCACGCACACGCAAACACACACACACAACAGAGCCAGUACCGCUGCCGACACACGCGGCUCGCACGUUUUGGAAAAACGAUUCUUCGAGGCUUUUCCUGCAUGAAAGAUCGUACUCAAAAUAACAACAAAAAAAAACCAAAAAAAAAACAAACAAAAAGUUCUUAUCAAUAAUUGAAUCUCGCGCACAAACAAAUUUGACUUAAAGUUAAUUUAAUACAAAAAAUACUAAAAAACGAGUUUCGGUCCAAACUUCGAGGAAAUGAUCAAAAAAAUAAAUCUUGAAUAAAAGCAAAUUUUUUGUUGUGUUAAAAAUGCCAAAUUUAUGCAUGAGCUAACAAUUUUAAUUCAAAACAAAUUAAAAUAGCAAAAAGAUCAAAAUAAGUUCGGUUUUUGGUGACUAAUUAACGGACGCGCCGUCGGAAUCUUAAUUUCGCAUACUUCUGGAACGCGCUUUAAUGAACCGAAAAUUAAAAUAAAAUCAUCGACAAAUCUUAAUCAGAGUGGAGCCACCACCCCGAAAGCAUCAUCUAAAUUCAAAUUAAGCAACAACCACACACGGCAGCAGAGACAUUGUUGGAUUUAUGAAAUCAAAAAGAUGAAGUCGAACACGUACGAGCUGCAUAACUACGCCGACCUAAACAUGGACAGCAGUCCCGCGAAAAAGGAUUCGCGCAAGCGGAAGGCGGCCAGUGCCCGUGGUGAGAAAUAUUCCCUGCGCCAGAAGCGACAGAAGCGAUGUGCGUCCGAUGAAGCGGAGCAGGAGCUGCCAGACCUCGACCUCGAGCUGGAGAGCCUUGAACCAGCAGCGAGCAGGCCAAAGAAGAACUCCUCCACCAACAAGGCCAAGACGAAAGCACCGCCCCUGAGCAAGUAUCGCCGGAAGACGGCCAAUGCUCGCGAGCGGACACGGAUGCGGGAGAUCAACACGGCUUUCGAGACGCUGCGGCACAGUGUACCGCAGGCCAUAACCGGGGAGGUUGCGGCUAAUGCCAGUGAGAAGCUGACCAAGAUCACCACCCUGCGCCUGGCCAUGAAGUACAUAAAGAUGCUGAGCGACGCCAUCGAGGAUCCCAGCUACGAGAGCGAGUUCAUUGGCGAGUGUCUGGAAGAGAGCGCCAAUCGUGAGGCCCUGGUCACCGUGGAUUCCGAGCCAGAGCUGGAAGUGGAGAUGCCAGUACCAGCGGCUAAGAAACCAGCCAAGUCCAAGGCGGGAUCUGCUGGCAGCAAAAAGUCCACGGCCGCCAGCAAACGCCAGACACAGAAGCAGGCCAAGGAAAAACAUCCCACGCCCACACAGACGAUGACAACGACUCCGAUGUGUGCUUCCGGCAGUUCGGGGGAGUCCUGCUAUGCCGCCUCGUCGAUAGGCUCGCCGGGAUCCAGUGCCGGCGCUGCCUGCUCGCCCAGCUCUGCCUACGCCUCACUCUCGUCCUCCGCCUCCAACAUCAGCCACCGCAGCAGCAGUCACCGCAGUAACAGCAGUCCCGGACUGGAGCCCGAUGGGAACCUAAUGGGUCUGCAGGGACUCAGCGACCUGGACACCCUGCUCCUGGAGUCUGAUGGUGAGUCCCUGCACUGUCUGAGUCCCAGCUAUGAGAGUCUUCUGACCAACGGAGAGUCCAUUCUUCCGUGUCGUGGUGACAUGCCCAUGCCCGGCUGCCUGGAUAAGCCGGAUGUGGAGCUCAGCCUACGUCUGCUGGAUGCAGAUCGCUCCACGGACUCAUUCGACUUUGCCAGCGACCAACAGCCGUCGGCCUGCAUCAGUUCCCUGGCCACGCUGGACGGCUGCUAUCCCUUCGGGGAUUUGUUGCCCGGCGACUUCUCCGACAUGUUUCUCACGUGACGCGGCCCGGAUCCGUGUUAAGUGCCGCCUCGUACUGUCACUCGGUGGGGCCCC